CUGAAAGGCAUGCUGGGUGUCCCUGCAUCACUGCAUCCAUGGACGACAUCCACUUUGAACAUACCAUCAGUGUGGGUCAGGUGGUGAACAUCAAGGCGAAGGUCAACAGAGCCUUCAACACCAGCAUGGAGGUGGACGUGCAGGUCAGCUGUGAGGAUCUGUUCUCUGAUCGGCACUGGAGGGUCUGUCACGCCUUCGCCACCUUUGUUACCCAGCGCUCAAACACAGGGAAAAAGGUGAUCCUGAAGCCCGUGGUGCCUCACACUGAGAAGGAGCAGGUGGAGUACAGUGUGGCGGCUGAGAGACGCAGGGUCAGGAUGCUACACGAUGACAUCAUCAAAGAUCUGCUCUCCCACGGGUCUGUCCUCCCCCCCGUCCGUCGGUCCUGCGGUGGCCGCAGCGCAGCACCCCCGUGGCGAGUGUUGCAGCUGGUCCUACCCCCCCAUGCUAACCAUCAGGUGAAUACAUUUGGAGGACAGAUCAUGGCCUGGAUGGUGAAUGUAGCUACAAUUGCUGCCAGCCGUCUGUGUCAGGCUCACCCGACUCUGCGCACCAUCGACAUGUUCACCUUCAGAGGACCCUCUCAGGUGGGAGACAGGCUGCUCCUGAGGGCCAUCGUCAACAACGCCUUCAAAAACAGCAUGGAGGUGGGGGUGCGAGCAGAAGCCUACCAUGAGGCGGGGCCCAACCGACACAUUAACUCUGCCUUCAUGACCUUCGAGGUGCUCGACGACCACAGGAAGCUCUGUACGUUACCACGGAUACGACCCGAACCCCUGGAAGGGGAGAGGAGGUUUCAAGAGGCCAUAGCCAGGAAGAAGAUCAGACUGGACAGAAAGUACAUCAUUUCCCAGAAGCAGGGCGAGGUCCCUCUGUCUGUGCCCUGGGACCCCAGAAACCAGGUGUAUCUGAGCUAUAACAAUGUUUCCGCUCUGAAGAUGUUGGCUGCUAGAAAAAACUGGCGCCUCAGCUCUGAGAAAGACAAGGUCCGUCUGUUCACCCUGGAGCAUAAGUCCAUGCUGAGUUUCAGGGUGGAGUCAGAGGUGGAUGUUCCUGCUCACAGAGCCUUCAGGCUGCUGGCAGAGCUCAGCGACCGGCCCAGCUGGGACCCACAUUAUCAGAAUUGUGAGCUGAUAUACCGGGUGGAUGAUGAUGACUUCCUGUAUCGAGUGGUGACCCCCUCAGUGCGUCAGGGGGGGGUGGGUUCCCCGACUUCAGCCCAACCAGAAGGGAUUCAAGACUUCAUCUUGUUGGCUUCCAAGAGGAAGCCGUGUGGCAGCGGAGACCCAUACGUCAUCGCACUGCGCUCAGUGUCCCUGCCCACUCACCCCCCCACUGAAGGAUAUAACAGAGGAGAGGUUCUGUGUGCUGGCUUUACCAUCCUGGAGAUUAAAGACAACAUGUCCCUGGUCAGUUACUAUAACCAGGCGUCUCCAGAGGUUAUUCCCUACAUAUCCACGGACAUUGCCGGCCUCUCCUCCACUUUCUACCACACCUUCUCUUCCUGCAGCCAGUACCUCGCCAAAAACAGACUGCUGUCGGCCUCUGAGGAGCCAACUGACCCAGACCAGACCACAAACACAGACAGUCCCACCUGGGAUGCUGCUGCAGACGGUCUGUCAGCGCCCCCCCACAGCACCAAGCUGUAGAGUCAGGGUUAUUUCCAGGCCAGUUCACAUCACGUGUACAGUGUUGGGUGAGGUUAAGAUGCUGCUUUACAACAUGGUACUAUUAACACGGCAUUAAGUGGUCACAGUGAUCAAAAGGUGAUAUUUAGAUUCAAUCUAAAUAUCACAAAAAAGUGAGCCGAGAAAAAAUAAUGCUCUAAUAUUCAACCAGACUCUGAUAUAAAACACAGACCUAAUUUCAAAAUAAAGACUCAUUCAAUAUGAAUGAUUGUGCCUUCACACAAUUGAAACAUUGGAGUCUGUGUCUAGCUAUUGUCAGAUAAAAAUACGUUUUGUCUGUGAAUCUACGGUUCAUAUUUUUGUAAAACUAACCAACUGCAGGCUUUUUAUGAGAUGCGGGUAAUUUUUUUAAAGAAACACUAAAUGUAGCAGUUAAUGGUGAGAGAAAUAUCAACACAUUCUGACUGCAAUGAGCAGAAGUACUUCUGUCUUUUUUAUAAUAAAUUGAUGUUUUAUUUUUAUUUUUUAAAGACAUUGUAAUAAAAUGAUUUCAACUGUG